CCCUCCCUCCCUCUCAAACAAACAAACAAACAAAAAAAAACUCAUUAGUAUGAUGUGAUUGCUGGAGAGAAAAAAAAAAAACUCCACGCAAGAGAAUUUGGUUUACUGAAAUAAAAUAUCUCACCAAACAACAACCGCUAUAUUAGAACAUUUUCCCAAAGACCCAAUUCACAGCGAUUCCUUGAUGAUCAACCCCUUCACACACACACACACACACACAGAGGGGCUGGGAUGUCACAGAGUGGAGGAGAAGAACCAGCAAAAGAGGAGAACAUGGCAGCUUGGCUUCUUGCUGUCAAAACCCUGAAAAUCCAACCCUACAAUCUACCUCCUCUUGGUCCUCAUGAUGUUAAAGUAAGGAUGAAAGCUGUUGGCAUAUGUGGGAGUGAUGUUCAUCACUUCAAGCACAUGAGAUGCGCAAACUUCAUUGUUAAGAAGCCUAUGGUAAUUGGCCACGAGUGUGCCGGUGUCAUAGAUGAAAUUGGCAGUGAAGUGAAAACUCUGCAGGUGGGUGAUCGCGUAGCAGUGGAACCUGGUAUUAGUUGCGGGCAAUGUCAUCUCUGCAAGGAUGGUCGCUACAAUUUGUGCCGUGAAAUGAAAUUCUUUGGCUCUCCUCCCACCAAUGGUGCUCUAGCUAAUCUGGUGGUGCAUCCUGCAAAACUCUGCUUUAAGCUACCUGACAAUGUGAGCUUGGAAGAAGGGGCAAUGUGUGAACCACUGAGCGUAGCCGUCCAUGCUUGUUGCCGAGCUGAAGUCGGUACACAAACAAACGUUUUGAUCAUGGGAGCCGGACCUAUAGGCCUUUUAACAAUGCUGGCAGCUCGAGCUUUUGGGGCUCCAAAGAUUGUAAUGGUUGACGUAGAUGAAUGCCGUUUAACAUUUGCCAAAGAUCUGGGUGCUAAUGAGAUCAUUCAAGUUUCAACAAAUAUUCAGGAUGUGGGAGUGGAAGUGGUCAAGAUACAGAAUGCCAUGGACGGCAAUGUGGAUGUGAGCUUUGAUUGUGUUGGCUUUAACAAAACCACGACAACUGCUUUGAGUGCCACUCCAGCAGGCGGUAAAGUUUGCCUUGUUGGAUUGGGCCAAAGUGAGAUGACAAUCCCCCUUACACAAGCUGCUGCAAGGGAGGUCGAUGUAAUUGGCAUAUUCCGAUAUAGGAACACGUGGCCAAUUUGCAUUGAGUUUCUGAAAUCUGGAAAGAUUGAUGUGAAGCCCCUCAUAACACACAGGUUCAAGUUUACUCAAGAGCAGAUUGAGGAAGCCUUUGAAACCAGUGCUCGGGGUGGUAAUGCCGUCAAGGUCAUGUUUAGUAUUUAAGAGUUGGAUAAAUGGUGAAUCAAAAGGGAUUGGCACGCUGGUGACAUGAUUACCUGAUAUUAGUAAUAAAUCAGUAUGCAUCGUUUUGAGUCCUUACAUUUUCAGUAAUAAAUCCAGAUGUAGCUUAGUUGCAUCUUCUUUAUGAGCUUGAAUUCCAUCCUUGGUCUGUUGUGCCUUUCCCGAUGAAUAUUCAUCUCUGCUAACGAAACCACCUCUGAUAGUCCUUUUUCCAUGACGAAUUUCUA